CCAAAUUGGGCGCCAUUGGACUCACUUAUUGAGCAAUAAGGAUGUGUGACAAGGAGAAGCUCAUUUGCAGCGAAUCUGGCAACAGAUUCGAGGAAAAGCCUCGGUGCGGAACUAAAAAUGACGACAGCGGAAAGUUACCUUGGUAUUACGCAGGUGGAUUUCUACUGUUUUGGGGUCUACUCUUUUUCGCCGUGGUUAUACCAUAUUUAUAUCGCUUGCCCACUGCGCUGACGAUAGAGGACGUGAAAAGCCAUGAGUUCAUUGCGGAACGUGCUUAUAAAAAUCUCUAUUAUCUGUCGAAUAUUGGAACCAAAAUGGUUGGCUCUAAGCAAAAUGAGAUUGAUGCUGUGCAGUACCUCCUGAAGGAGCUCAACCAAAUUAAGGAAGACUCGCUUAAGGAUUACUUUGAUAUUGAAAUUGACUUAUCAGAGGUGUCCGGCCAGUUUGUAUAUGAGAAUGUAAAUAGCUUGUACCUCCACGUUCAAAAUAUUGCCGUCAAAAUUACUCCGAAGGCCAGCAAGAGCCAGUCAUAUCUGCUCGUCAACAGCCACUUCGACUCGAAGCCAGAAACUCCGUCUGCGGGGGAUGCCGGCUUCAUGAUAGUCACAAUGCUGGAAGUGCUACGAACUCUGGCCACCACAGAGCAAAGCUUUCAACACCCGAUCGUCUUCUUGUUCAAUGGGGCUGAAGAGAGCUCCAUGCUGGCCUCCCAUGGCUUCAUCAACCAACACAAAUGGGUACCGAACAUCAAAGCCGUUGUCAAUCUCGAUGCGGCAGGAAGCGGUAGCAGAGAGCUUCUGGUUCAGUCUGGACCUGAUCACAACUGGCUUUUGGGCUACUAUAAUAAAUAUGCCAAUCAUCCAUUUGGCACAACAUUGAACGAGGAAAUCUAUCAGACUGGUGCCCUGCCCUCUGAUACGGACUUCACUAUCUUUAAAGAUCAUAUUCCAGGCUUGGACUUAGGUCAAGCCAUUAAUGGCUUUGUCUACCAUACCAAGUAUGAUGUGAUCGACGUUAUUCCUCGAGAGUCCUUACAGAAUACCGGCGAUAAUGUGCUCGGCAUAGUUCGAGGAUUAGCAGAUGCAGUCGAAUUAGAGAACAUUGAGGCACACAAAACUGGGAGCGGUAUCUACUUUGACUUCCUGGGUAUCAUUUUUAUAUAUUACUCAGAGGCGACGGGAACAGCUCUUAACUUUGGCGUCGCCGGAGCUGCGCUCCUCUUUGUUUUCAUAUCAAUGUGGCGCAUGGCAGUUAUAUCCAACGUCUCGAUAUGCCACAUGCUGCGCUGGUUUAUAUUGGUGCUCACCAUCCAGUUAAUUUGUUUCGUACUUGGACUGGUACUUCCCAUAGUGGUGUCGAUUGUAAUGGAUAAUGCGGGACUGUCGCUGACUUUCUUCAGCACGCCCAUGCUGAUGAUCGGUCUGUAUGUCUGCCCCUCGCUGAUUGGCCUCAGUUUGCCCAUUACUGUCUAUUACAGUAUCCAGUGCAACGAAAAGAUUUCAAGAGGUUUUCAUCUGCAGCUGGCACUGCAUGCCCAGGCGGUCAUAUUGGCCGUUCUCAUAAUUUUCCUCACGUCAUUCGGCUUGCGUUCCACAUAUGUGUUAAUGAUACCCCUUCUUUUCUAUGUCAUAUCUCUGGUAUUGAACUUGUUGAUCACUCUGCACGAUCGGGGCUAUGCCUGGACUGGUCUGCUGAAGAUCAGCCAGAUCAUUCCCUUCCUCUGCAGCAGCUACAUCUUCUAUCUAUUCAUUGUCGUGCUCGUGCCGAUGACUGGACGCUCUGGCAGUGCAUCUAAUCAGGACUUAUUUAUUGCAGUUCUCUCUGCGAUUGGAACAAUUCUGUCAUUUGGUUUCUUGAUGCCACUGAUCAAUACAUUGCGACGGCCCAGUUUAGUUAUAUUCUUUCUGAUCGCAAUCACUUCCGUCUCCUUGUACUUGGCCAGUAGCACUCAGCUAGGAUUCCCCUAUCGACCAAGGACUAACGGACAAAGAGUAGCCUUUCUGCAAGUUCGAAACAUGUUUUACGAAUUCGAUGGCACUCUUAGUAAGGAUGAGUCUGGCUAUUUGUUUAGUUUCCAGGACAGACUAGAAGAACGACCACUUUUGGGCACGAAUGUCAACUUGACGGGAUUGACUAGCAUCAAAUCGAGAUGUGAGAAGCACAUGAUGUGUGGCAUGCCACUGUACGAUUUCCGAUACGUUGGGAAUCGGCUGCAGAGCAAAUGGUUGCCACGGGCAGAGCCCAUUGAGCCUCCGGGAUCGACCGUAUUGAAAAUGCUAAACAAAACUUAUCUGAAACCAAACACUGUGCGAUUCGAGUUCUCUUUAUCGGGUCCUGCUCAGAUGAGUUUAUUUUUCGAACCCUACGAAGAUGUCACGAUCACCAAUUGGACAUUUACAGAAGACUAUCUUCAGAAUCCGCCACCCUUUCCUUUGUCCUAUCACAUCUACAUUAAUUACGGUAUUGGUAAUUCACCUUUGAAGUUUUUCGUCGAUUUAACGAAACAAAAUGGAAACUUCAAGAUGCCCCUUCUUCAAGUGGGAGUGUCGGGACAUUUCAUAGGCGUUGCAGGAGAUGCCAUAAGUCAAGAGUUCGCAUCUUCAUUCCCAUCCUAUUCAAUUGUGGCGACGUGGCCAGCCUUGUACCAGAGAUAUAUAUUUUAAAAUAAAUACAAAAUAAUGUUGACCUUAGAUUAUA